AUGCAGUUCAUCAAAACACUUUCCUACUUGUUACCUCUCCUCACGACGACAUUUCAAAGAUGCUACGCAAACGCGAAUAAUAAUCAUCUCAAGGAUGUCAAGACUUUAACUAGUGGUACUUCUGGCCUUCCACCGACUAUCUUUUUUCUAGUUACUGGAAAUAUUUAUCCUGAUGGGUACUAUUAUGUGACGGUGAACCUAGGGGAUCCACCAAAACCUUACGAGUUUGACAUUGACACGGGCAGCCAUCUCACUUGGGUUCAAUGUGAUGCACCUUGCCAGAAAUGCCUCCGUGCUCCCAACCCACCUUAUAAACCCGUUACUAGAACACUUGUUGAGUGCGAGGAUCCAUUGUGUACAGCAAUUCAAUGGCCAAAAACACAUCAUUGUGAGUCUCCGGAUGCGCAGUGUGACUACUACCUAAAAUAUGUGGAUGGUGGAUCCUCUCUUGGUAUAGUCAUAAGAGACCCAUUUUCCUUGCAAUACACCAAUGGAACAGUAAUCAAGCCCCAUCUUGCAUUUGGGUGUGGUUACCAUCAGUCACAUCCAAACCCAACGACCCGACCUUACGUUGAUGGGAUUCUUGGCCUAGGCAUGGGCAAAGAAAGCAUCUUAAGCCAGCUGCAACAACUUGGUAUAAUAAAAAAUGUAGUGGGUCACUGUCUUAGCUCACAAAGAAAUGGAUAUCUGUUUUUGGGAGAUGAAAUGAUCCCUGAAGGUGUGGUCUGGACACCCAUGGUGAUUACUGACGAAUUACCGAAACGAUAUUAUUUGGGAGUCGCGGAGCUAUAUGUUGCUGGAGUGACAACUGGAAAGAAAGAUCUCCGCAUAGUGUUUGAUAGUGCAUCUACCUAUACUUUCUUCACUCGUGAAACUGUCAACGCUAUGAUACACAUUCACUAUCCAAAAACAUGGCUGCAGCUUGAGGAAGACAUUAGAGACAAUUUCCAUGCUAUUGAUACUGUAGUUGAUGAAGAGUUCCCACUCUCAGUAUGUUGGAGAGGCUCAACUCCUUUUCGGUCCAAUCACGAGCUCAAACACUUUUUUAAGCCGAUAGUGUUGAGUUUUGAAAAUGCACAGAAUUCAUGGUUUGAGAUGGACCCUGAAGCAUAUCUACUCAUUACCAAACAGGGAAAUGCUUGCCUUCGGAUCUUUUAUAGUGAUGAUAUUGGUGACCCUGCCAUAAAUCUGAUUGGAGAUAUAUCAUUUGUGGAUAAAGUCAUUAUCUAUGACAAUGUAAAUCAUAGGAUUGGAUGGGGUCCAGCAGAUUGCAACAGCAUUUAA